AUGAAACAUUCCAUAGUAUUAGUACUUGCCACCGGGUCGACUGUAUUGGCGGCUACCAUCAAUACCCAAGAAAUAUUUUCCCUUUUGGGCGAGUUCCAGUCCGGAGUUAAUAGUGUCACCGAUUCUCUCUUCCAGUCAGAUGACCCCGCCUACACCUCCUACUUGAACGAGGUGAGUACUUUGACCGGCGCGUACAACUCCUGGCUCCAUGCGAACCCGUCGUAUCUAGGUGGGAUAUCCUCGUUAUUGCAAGGAGAUAUUUUUUCGCAGAUCGCCAGUGAGUUGAAUACGUUGAAGAGCGUGGCAGCCACUGCCACCGAUACUGCGAGUGGAACUGGAACCACCACCGAUACUGGCUCGGCCACAGUAGCAGCAGCAGCCAGCACUACAUCAGGAAGCUCUCCUCUGAACACCAGUGCUCCCAAAGGAACCACCAAAGCUUCGAGUGGCUCCUCAUCGUCGUCCUCUGGAACUCAACUGCUGUCCGGGUCGAGCAGCACUGGGUCAAAGAACGGUGGAGGUGCUCCCGUCUACGCCCCUGCAGGGUUAGUUCUUGGUGCUAUGGCUGUAGCAUUACUCUAA